GAACUUUUAUGGUUAUUAACUCAAUUUGUUAAUUUGUGGCCAAUUUAUUUUCUAUCGGAUGCCCAAUUUAGACAUUAAACGGUUUGAAACUGGCAACCCUGUCCUGGCACCUAACCAAGUCCUGAAUGACAUCACUGGAAUAAUAACGUAAAAUCACCGAGAAAUCCCAGUAAAAACGAACGAAAAUGGUGUUGUCCCGACUCGUCACGUUGACCAGAACCAAAAACCCAUCACCCACACCAAUCAGCCAUUACCACCAAGUUGUUCGAUCAAAAACUACCAGCAAAAGUGGCAGCAUUCUGCAGGAGCCCCACACCACCUCCUUUGGCUUGUUGAAAUUAGUUUUAACUGUUGUGCCCGGCUUGCUGAUCGGCGCGGCCAUCAGCAAAAAUAUUGCCAACUUCUUGGAGGAGAAUGAUCUGUUCGUGCCCUCAGAUGAUGAUGAUGAAGACGAUUGAAUAGCUACAAGUAUGCUUAUUGCCAGAAAUUAAUUAAGUGUUAUUUAUUAUUUUAAUUUGAUUUUAAUAAACUGUUGAAAGUAAACUGAAA